AUGUCUAUGUGUAUGAAUUACAGGUCGGUUACUCGAGGUUGUGGUAGUAGCCAUCUCAGUGACCAUUACUCCUUCCUCUUCGGGAGGAUUCUUGGCCGGCAUGAUUCCAGAGAGAUCGUUGUCAAGAAAGACGAACAGACAAAAAUCCAUACAGGAACUGUACUCGCCACAACUGCUGCUGUCAAGAAAGACUGUCAGAAAGAAAGGCACCCUGUUGUUAUACAGGCGCCCUCCGCUACAGUAGACUUUCUCUUCUUCGUCGUUUCACUAACGUUCACAAACUUGUUCUACCUCUUUCCUUCCCUCCCACCAUUGUUCAACCAUUCUUUCCUUGUUGCUUUUUUUUUUUUUUUCUUCCCUGUUGAAUCUUUCUCAAUGUAUUUGCUUUCUCUCUCACUCAUUUUGUUCGUGUGGCCUGCAAAUUGCAACGAGCUUUCUGAUUGGUCAGAUAUCUGUUACGUCAUCAGGGGAUUUCCCUCGUUGAUGCUUCAGUCAGUGCUCGUGUAG